AUCGGGAUCGAGAUUUCAAGUGUUAUGUGAAUGUCACCAGCAGAGUCCUGUUGCAUGUUGCUAUGUAAUUCGAAUUUUGAAAAUAUGAAACCUUGAAUGGCAACAAAGCUGACCCAUAUAUCAAUUACUUAACCAGCUUGUUGAUAUAAUAUACCUUCCAUGUUCAUGAUGAUAGAGAUGACUUUUUUGGCGCAUAUAAGACAGAGUAAAUUCGAAAUGUGUGAGAACGAAAGGAUGAUGAAACAUAUCCUGCUCUAUUGAUAUUAUCUGUAGCCUUCGAAUUUCAUUAUAUUUUUUACAAGAUGGAGUUUCUGAUAGGGGGUCUUGCAGCAUGUGGUGCGGGAAUUUUCACAAAUCCUCUGGAAGUUGUGAAAACUCGUAUGCAGUUGCAGGGCGAAUUGCAGGCUCGUGGACAACAUGCUAUUCACUACAGAAAUUCAUUUCAUGCAAUAAAGACCAUCGUGAAAACAGAUGGAAUUUUGGCCAUUCAGAAUGGUCUGGUCCCCGCCUUGUGGUACCAGCUAAUUAUGAAUGGAAUCCGCCUCGGUUCUUAUCAGGUCAUGUUGAAUGUCGACCUUACCAAGGAUAAACAUGGAAAUAUUUCCUUUGUUAAGAGCAUUGCAGCCGGAGCACUAGCUGGCUGUUUGGGUGCUUCAAUUGGAAGUCCCUUUUAUAUGAUAAAAACACAUAUGCAAUCAAAGGCGGCUCAACAGAUUGCUGUGGGACAUCAGCAUCCACAUGAAAGUAUGCUCCAUGGAAUGCGGUCAGUGUUCCGUGACCAUGGGUUCACUGGACUGUGGAGGGGGGUGUCAGCUGCCAUUCCUCGAGUCAUGGUUGGGUCAGCAACACAACUUUCAUCAUUUAGCACAUCUAAAGAAUACAUUACUCGUCUUCAUGUGUUUCCAUCGGAAAGUUGGAUGAAUACAUUUUGUGCGACACUCUGCAGUGCUUUAACGGUCACUUUCUUUAUGACGCCAUUUGACGUGGUGUCCACACGGAUGUACAACCAAGGAACAGAUGUUCAUGGGAAGGGGUUACGCUACAACAAUGUGGUGGACUGUUUUGUGAAGAUAUUCCGUACAGAAGGACUCUGGGGUUUCUAUAAAGGCUGGGGCCCAUCAUUCUUAAGGUUGGCCCCUCACACGGUGUUGAGUUUGAUGAUAUGGGACCGUCUCAGGGUAUUUUACAAGAGCUUUCAGCUUAAUAAGGUGAAGGAUGUAUAAAUAGAAUGUUUGAAAAUGUAUAUUUUGUUAAAAAAGGUGUAAUUCUACGUAGUAUUUGGAUUUUUGCCUAGAGAGAAUGUGCCUUGUGAGAAUUUUUUAGGAUUUGAAUUAUGACAAUAAUGUAUACAGCCAAUUUUUUGGGGGCAGGAUAUAACUUUGGUGGAUUGAGUUUCACAAAGUAUACCAUUAAUUUUUGUGGAUCAAGUUUUGGUGUACUCAUUUUUAUUCAUUUACACAAUGUAUAUGUUUCCAAUGAUGUACUUAAAUUAGGGAUUUUUAUUUUGAUGAAUCUUUGGAAAACCCACCUUGAAAUAUGGCCAUACUGUAACAGAUACCACUUGUUAGUGAUUCAAAGAGUUUCGUUUGAAAUUAUUUAUUUAUUUUAAAUGAGGUACACUAAGGAUAUGAAAUAAAUAAUGUAAAGAUCAUUAAUUACUGUUAUAGGAAAAAAAUUAAUUGUCAUAGAAAGACUGUUAAUUAUAAUGAGACAAUCACUUGGACAUAUCUUUCGUUUGAUCUGUGCACAAUUCAAAGGGAACAUACUCCAUCACUCGUAUGCUGGUGCUGUGUAUACAGAUUGGUUUGCUUUUGAUAUCAAAUGUUAUGGAUUUUAUUUCACUUUCAUUUACUGCUACCCGUUUAAGGGAAUCUGGUGAUUUGAUGGUAUUAAAUAUGUAUAUUAUAUUUAUAGUACUUUUUAUGGAUUUAUGAAGUUCUUUUAUUUUUACUGUGUUCAGUUUUAGAAUGGUUAAUAGAUAUUAUGUGGGGUUUUUUCAUUCAUUUCUUGUAAAGUUUAUUUCAAGUUCACAUAAUUGAGAAAAAUAGUCAGACUUGCUAACAAUAUUUAUUGGAUACAGGUGCAUUUAUUGUAGAAGAUGUAAUGACAGAGAUUCAAACAUAAUAAUGACAGAGAUUCAAACAUAAAUAUUUACAUAUCCAAUGUUUUUACAAAUUGUAAUGAUGGACACUUCCUCAUGAAUGCAUUGCAGUGUGAAUAAUGAACAUAUGAAUCUAGAUUUUAUUGUACUUCUAUUUUAAAGGCUGGGAAUUCUGACAGAAAUGAAAGUAGAAUGAAAAUAUAAAAAAUUCAUUACACUUUUGGAAAUACAUGAGAGUAUGAACUACGACGCCUCACACUGGCAUGUUCUUCAUGAUGAGCUUUAGAAAUUUAUUGUUUCAGUAGGAAUAAAACACCGGAGAAAUCUGAUAUGGAUGGGAAAUGGAGGAUAAGUACAAUAAUAUUUUGAAAUUGAAAAGUUUCAAAUUUACCUUAUUUACUUAAUUUUUUGAAAAAAUGCAGUUUUAGUAGGAAGUAAUCUGAUAAAAUUAAAAACCCUGCUAGACUCAUAACCACAAUUUACAGACUAGCAGUCAACAUGUUAACCUACUGAGCAAUUAGAUUUUAAAGGAAUAUAGAUUUAUAUCUUCAGUCAUGUUUCAAACGUUAUCGCAAUAUACAUCGUAAUUCAUGUCAUUUGUAUGUUGUGUCAUCUCUUUCUCAAGAGAGAGAGAGAGAUAAGGUUUCAAAGACUCCAAAUUUUUAGCCGAGUUGCAACGAAGUUGAACUCGGCUAUUGGUUUGGUGAUGCGGGCGGGUUGGCGGGCGGUUGGGCGUCAACAAUUGGUUUCCGGAUGAUAACUCGAAAAGUUUACAAUCUAAUCAAAUGAAACUUUGAGAUAUUGUUGGGUACCAGGUAAAGAAGACCCCUAUUGAUUUUGGAGAAAAAUUGUCGAAGGUCAAGGUUACAGUGACCGAAAAUAGAAUGAAAAUUUCAGAAAAAUUUGGUUUCCGGAUGAUAACUCAGAAAGUUUAAAUCCGAAUCAAAUGAAACUUUGAUAUAUUGUUGGGUACCAGGUAAGAAAGACCCCUAUUGAUUUUGGAGAAAAAAGGUCAAAGGUCAAGGUCACAGUGACCGAAUAUAGAAUGAAAAUUUCAGAAAUAUUUGGUUUCCAGAUGAUAACUCAGAAAGUUUAAAUCCGAAUCAAAUGAUACUUAAAGAUAUUGUUAUGUACCAGGUAAGGAAUACCCCUAUUGAUUUUGGAGAAAAUGGGUCAAAGGUCAAGGUCACAGUGACCAAAAAUAGAUUUAAAAUUUAAAAAAAAAUUAGUUUCAGGAGAAUAACUUGAAAUUUUUUAAUUUGAAUCAAAUGAAACUUGGUUAUAUUGUUGGAUACCAGCAAAUCAAGGCCCCUAUUGAUUUUGGAGAAAAAAGGUCAAAGGUCAAGGUCACAGUGACCAAAAAUAGAUUGAAAACUUCAGACAAAUAUGGUUUCUGGACAGCAACUUGAAAAGUUUAAAACUGAAAUUAGUUCUUCACAAUUAUAAAUAUGCCACAUCAUUCCUGACUUUACAAUGUAUCCCAUGCAACUCGGCUUAUGCACCCCUGAGUGCAUAUAUUGAUUUUUAUUUAUUCAGGUAAUUUACAGAUUGGCAAUAUCAGGAAAAAGUAAUUGUAAAGAAAUUAAAAAGCAAUAUGAUUUAAAACUUGCUAUAUUUAACAUGAUUUUGUUGUGAAGAACUUAGAAAUUUGUUAUGGUUCAUUUGAUAUCAACUCACAAUGACAUGAUGAACAAUAAUUUGGAUCUCACAAUGAACAAUAAUUUGGAUCUCACAAUGUCAAUUGACCAAAUGCAUUGAAGUAAGCAUCCAUGUGUAUUCCAUAACUGCCCCAGAUACAGUGGUAAUAACUAUGAUAAUCUUGGAAUACUUAAUUCUUUAUUACCUGUGUCUAGCAUGAAAAAUCUUAUUUCAAGCAUUGCAAAGUAUGUAGUAGCACUUUUGUUGAAUUGUGUUUUGUUGUAUUUGUUGAAUAUACUUCAGAAGAAAA